UGUCUGUCAACUAUAAACAUUGCUUAUUGUUUCAUUAAACAUUCAGUAUAUUGAGUCCUUUGAAACACAGUGCCAGUCCAAAGAAACUCGUUCACUCACGAAAAGAAUAUAGAAGAAUAUUUUGAUUUUGAAAAAGUCAACAACAACAGCAAUACCAUUCGUUCUUGCUUAAAAAUGCAACAACCAGAGGAAGCAGCCAACAAUACCCUUGAAGUUACAUUUUAUACAGACGAUGUUAGAACCUUUAAUUCAACACAGAAUGAAGAUUUAUUUGACAUUAUAACUUUUGAAAACAACCCGAUAUUUGUUGGUAUCUUUUGUGGGUGUGUGUUUUUGAUUGGUUUCAGCAUAUUCCUAUGGUUUUUCUUUCGAACGAAUCCAUCAGAAAGAUUUGACCUUAGCUUCUCAUUAUCGGUUUCACACAAUAACUCAACUGCAAAACAAACCAACUAUAAGGAUGGACAACAUGGUAGAGAGAGUGCUUUUAAACUUUUAAAUGAAACAAUCAUAGAAGUGUCUGAAAGAGAAUGAAACAAUCAUAGAAGUGUCUGAAAGAGAAUGAAACAAUCAUAGAAGUGUCUGAAAGAGAAUGAAACAAUCAUAGAAGUGUCUGAAAGAGAAUGAAACAAUCAUAGAAGUGUCUGAAAGAGAAUGAAAC